CGUUCAAACAAACCGUUACGAUGAAUGUUGAGUAAAUUAUUUCAUUUCAAUCUCCAAAGGAGCUUCAUCUCUUUUUCUAUUUCCAUCUCUCUCUCUCUCUACUAAUUAAUCAUUCCAAUCAUUGAUUAUUUAAUGGACAUGCCGGGUGGAUUAACUAGUGAUGGUUCUAGUGUUUUCGGUUUCACCCAAUAUCAUCUUCUCCCCGAAAAUGACCCUGACUUAGAUGAUGACAUAUGGUUGGACAGUAUGAUUGAAGAUAGAAGAGGAAUGAAGGUAACCAGCGGAACUGUAACAUUGGAAAAAGACUCUCGUAAUAUGAUUGGCGUCAGCAUCGGCGGUGGAGCACCAAAUUGUCCCUGCAUUUACAUAGUCCAAAUAUUUGACAAUACACCGGUGGCUUGUGAGGGAACUCUUGAGUCUGGUGAUGAAAUUGUUGGUGUUAACGGAGUCAGUGUUAAGGGUAAAACAAAGAUUGAAGUGGCUCAAAUGAUUAAAGAAUCGACUGGAUCUGUAACAUUUAACUAUAAUAAGCUACACGCUGAUCCUAAGCAAGGUAAAACUUUGGAUAUUAUCCUUAAAAAGGUUAAACAUCGUAUCUGUGAAAAGAUGAGUUCAGAUACUGCUGAUGCAUUAGGACUUAGCCGAGCUAUGCUUUGUAACGAUAGUUUGAUACGGAAACUUGAAGAACUCGAAUUGAUGGAGCUUAUGUACAAAGGUAUAAUUGAGCGAACUCGAGAUCUUCUAAAAGCUCAUCUUGAAGUGUGCUAUGUUUACAAGGCGUUUGGUGAUUUAUUCACUGAGAUCGGAGUGAAAGAUAUUAAUCCAGAAUCAAGUCGAGCUUUCAUCCAAUUUGGUGAAGUCCAUCGAUCAUUAGAGAAACAAGGAACAACAAUGAUUCGUCAAAUGAAACCAUUGGUUGAAGAUUUGAAUACUUUCCUAAACAAAGCUGUGCCCGAUACUCGUUUAACCAUAAAAAAGUAUGGAGAUGUUAAAAUGGAAUACUUGUCAUAUUGUUUAAAAGUAAAGGAAAUGGACGACGAAGAGGUUGAUUGUACAACGGUACAUUAUCCAUUGUAUCGAGUUGAAACGGGAAAUUAUGAUUAUCGAUUAGUUUUACGAUGCAGACAAGAGGCUCGGAAAAGAUUUGCUUCAUUAAGAUCUGAUGUUCUGGUAAAACUUGAACUACUCGAUUCUCGCCAUGUUCAGGAUAUCGUCUCAGCAUUACAAAGACUCAAUCUAUUAAUGUCAAACCUUCACAUGGAAUAUCAUAGACUUUUUGAAGAUCAUCGAUCUUUCCCUGUUGAACUUGCUCUAAGUGCAAAUUGUUCAUUCAAUCUACCAGAAGAUAUAAGUUCAGAUUCUAAUGAAGAAUCUGAAUAUUGUGAGGAUAAUUUUCAUCAACAAAAUCAACAAAACAUAGAUCUGCUCACCGAAACAUCAUCUAAUUUUGUUCAGUAAUCAUUACACUUUAAAUUUAUCCAAAUUGGAUGAUACUUUUCUAUUUUUCUCUCAUUCUUUUCUCUCUCUCUCUCUCAUUCUCUCUCUCUCUUAUCUGGGUGAUAAAUAUUCAGGGCCAAAUCAUGUUUCCAAAAUAUUAUUGAUCUAAUUUAUAUUAAUAACCAAUAAAACAAUUUAGCUAAUAAUUGCAUUUCAA